UCACCCCUAACCCUGGGCAUUCUUGAUGACCAGCGAUAAGCGAUAAGCAUCCCCACCCUUGGCAAAGGCGGUCAAUUUUUGCAGACGGUCCCAAGGUGUGCAUCAACCCCGUUGAGGUUGUGCUCCUGUUACCAAAGACAAGCGUCGAUUCCGAGCUCCACGAUGCGUGUCGACAACUGCUUCUUCUGCGGGAGGCCCGCAUGGCCCAGCAAGGGCAUUACCUUUAUGAGAAAUGACGGCAAAUCCUUCCGGUUCUGCCGGUCCAAGUGCCACAAGAACUUCAAGAUGAAGCGCAACCCACGCAAGCUCAAGUGGACCAAGGCGUACCGCAAGAACGCGGGCAAGGAGAUGGUGGUGGACAGCACGCUGCAGUUCGCGGCGCGGCGCAACGUGCCCGUGCGCUACGACCGCGAGCUCUUCGCCAAGACGCUCAAGGCCAUGGAGCGCAUCAGCGAGAUCCGCGCCCGCCGUGAGCGCGUCUUCUACAAGAAGCGCAUGGCCGGCAAGCGCGCCCGCGAGCUCGCCGCCGCCCGCAAGCUCGUCGCCGAGAACGAGCACCUGCUACCGCGCCUGCGCGGCAGCGAGAAGCGCCGCCUGGCCGAGCUGGCGGCCGAGCGGGGCGUCGACGUCGAAGAGCUCGAGCGCGAGGAGCUGGCCAACGCGCGGGCGAGCAAGAAGAGCAAGGCGUUCGGCGGCGAGGUGCGCAGGCUGCGGGUGCGGACGGACGGAGGUGUCGAGGAGAUCACCGAGUCGAUGGGCGGUCGCAUGGAGGAGGAUAUGGACGACGACGACGACGAAGACGACGACGAUGGAAUGGAUACGGAUUAAGCGAUCUGUUGCUAAUGGGAUGUCUGGCCCUAUUCUCGCGACGCUCUGCUUCCCUUGGCUCCCAAGACUGCCUCCGUGGGGUUUUGGCGGUUGUCAUGCUGGGCCAAGAGCGGGUGCUGGUAUCGUGCAGCACCGCCUACGGCUAUGCCGAGAAGCAGAUUCUCCGGAGCCUAAGGCAAUGGCCCCGGUUCGAAUGCAAGUCCUCGGGUCGCUGGAGCACGCUUAAGAGACACUACCGGUUGGGAAAAUGGCGAAUUGGCGUUGAUA